GAAUUACGAAAUGAAAGCUCGCAUAUGCCAGUUCUGUGAUGCGUCGAGAAAUAGCCUACAUUAAAUACAAUUAAGCGGAGCUGGGCUUUUGUGUAAAACAGUGGCUUCAAUGGCGAAAACAUAAACAUUCUUAAAGCGUAUUGCUGGGCUAGUCAGCCUACCAUAGAAAAAUGUUGUGGCCAAAUAGACUAAUAUCUCAGUACAAAGUAGCCUAUAGGCACUGGGGUGAAUGUCUUGAUAAUGAUUACUUACAAUAGCCUAUGAUGUAUCGUACAGUUUUGGUGUGAGGCUGUUCUCUGUAGGCUGCCUACCAUGCAAUGGCAUAGUUCAUUCAAUCUGAUUGCGCCCGAAUGAGUUCGGUGACGACGGCACUAAGCAGUUUUUAUUUGGAAACGGAUACGUAAAUAUCAAAUGGAAUCCAUCGGUAGGCGAGACUAGUAGUUAGACCAAGAAAGUAGAACCGAUUAAAAACUCCUUACAGUAAUCAAGCUUUUCAUUUUAAUGUGUUCGACAUAUAAAGUUGGAGAGAUAGGACAUUCAGCCUAAUCUUCUUAAAAGACUCUUGUAUUAACUACUGGCGUUCUGCUAAUCCAGGUUGAAUAGCCUACUUGACCUCACUCUCAUACUUUGUAGUUUUGACCUCGCCAGCAAAUCUCUGGAUCGUUUUACGCUUCUCAGCACAGUGGACUGUUCACUGAGGCGAACCUCAGUUGUGUUGUCAUCGCAAUCCAGCAACCACAGGUGCGCGGCUCCGGGAAAGGAGUGUGAGGUUCUCCAGAUGAGAUGAAAUACAGCUGUUGGUUGCAUCGUUCUCUCAUACCGCUUCCCGCUCCCCUCUCCGAAUGUAAUAAGCGCCUCAGAGGCUGGCUGGGGAGUACUUCGGAGUAGCUGUCACAGACAGCGGAUUUGCGCAUUGGACUUUGUCUUUUUGGUAGGUGUCAACAUCAUCUUGUGGAGAAGAUGCAUUUCUCACAAAGGAAAAGACUUCACUGGAGCCGGGUUGCACUGCUCCUCUCCGGAAUCUUGCUGUGUUGUGUGUACCAGCUGGCUGUGAGGGCCUGGCCCAGGACAGAUUGGCAGACCAGGGAGGACUUUGGGGUGGAGGGGGUGGACGCUCUCAAAAUGGACAGGAGGGAGCUGAGCGACUCCAGUCAAACAUCUCCAGCAACAGCCGCAACGGUCCCUCCGACCUCCUCCACAACUGCUCAGCUGAGGCACUGCGUUUUUGUGGACCCCGACGCACCCGUGCCCACCCUGGCCCCCGCCGGGCACCUAACCCGAAACACCACCAGUGCUACACUGGCCCACAAUGCCACGCUCCCCUCCCCCAGUGCUGCCCCCCACAGGAGGGCCGAGUACCCGCGGGACCUGUUCUCGGUGCAGCAGCGGCAACAGGGCUGGGUGGCGCUGCACGUCUUCGGGAUGGUCUACAUGUUCGUCUCGCUGGCCAUCGUCUGCGACGAGUUCUUCGUGCCGGCCCUGGGGGUCAUCACCGACAAGCUGGCCAUCUCGGACGACGUGGCGGGGGCCACCUUCAUGGCGGCGGGGGGGUCGGCCCCCGAGCUCUUCACCUCCCUCAUCGGGGUGUUCAUCGCGCACAGCAACGUGGGCAUCGGCACCAUCGUGGGCUCGGCCGUCUUCAACAUCCUCUUCGUCAUCGGGAUGUGCGCCCUCACCUCCCGCGAGAUGCUCCACCUCACCUGGUGGCCGCUCUUCCGCGACGUCUCCUUCUACACGCUGGCCCUCCUCAUGCUCAUCGUCUUCUUCCUGGACAACUUCAUCGUGUGGUGGGAGAGCCUGCUGCUGGUGUCGGCGUACCUCACCUACGUGGGCUUCAUGAAGUACAACGUGCAGCUGGAGCGCGCCUGCAAGUCGCUUUUCAACAGACACAAGAGCAUCGUCAAGGUCAUAGCCCUGGAGGAGCCAGACAAGGACAGUGGAUCACCAGGCGAGGCCAACAACCCUGAAGAAACCCAGCAGGGCAAUAGCAGGGUAAAAGCGAAGCCCAGCCUGCAGAGAGGCGGUAGCUCCGCCUCCCUACAUAACAGCACCAUGAGGAACACCAUCUUCCAGCUGAUGAUCCACACCCUGGACCCACUGGGGGAAGAAACUGUGUUUAAUGGAGAGGUAAAGACUGGGAGCUCAGUACAGGGGAAAGUGAAGUUUAAGCACAAAGCUGAGAUCCUGACUAAAAUGGCUCAGGGGAAGGUGGAGUCCAGGAGCCCCAGAGGAAGAGCAGAAGAUGUGAGUGGCAGUAAAACUGAGCACCCCAACGCCGUCAACGUCCAGACGACGCCCCCACCAGAGCCGUCCACCUCCCGACACCCCGCCGACAGGGAGGACAGCACAGAUUAUGUGGAGGGACUAAAGGAGCAGGAAGCAGCUGGGUUGGGUGGGUCAGAUGUCUCUGGCAGCAGCGAGGAAGAGGACAGUGAUGAUGAUAGCGAGGAAGAGGAAGAGGAGGAGGGGGAGAACGAGGAGCCGCUGUCACUGGAGUGGCCGGACUCCCGACGAAAACAGGCCACCUAUCUGUUCCUCCUGCCCAUCGUCUUCCCCCUUUGGCUGACCAUACCUGACGUUCGAAACCCGGCCUCCAGGAGGUAUUUCAUGGGAACGUUUCUGGGCUCCAUUUUGUGGAUUGCCAUGUUCUCCUAUCUGAUGGUGUGGUGGGCCCACCAGGUGGGUGAGACUAUUGGUAUUUCGGAGGAGAUCAUGGGUCUGACCAUCCUGGCCGCUGGCACCUCCAUCCCUGACCUCAUCACCAGCGUCAUCGUGGCACGCAAGGGCCUGGGCGACAUGGCCGUGUCCAGUUCCGUGGGCAGCAACAUCUUUGACAUCACUAUUGGGCUGCCGGUACCCUGGCUGCUCUUUUCCCUGUUUAACGGGUUCGUGCCAGUGGCCAUCAGCAGCAACGGGCUCUUCUGCGCCAUCGUGCUCCUCUUCCUCAUGCUCCUCUUCGUCAUCCUCUCCAUCGCCGCCUGCAAGUGGAAGAUGAACAAGGCUCUGGGCUUCACCAUGUUCCUGCUCUACUUCCUGUUCCUGGUACUCAGCGUCAUGCUGGAGAAGCGCAUCAUCGUUUGCCCCGUGACCAUUUGACGCGCCUGCCGUCACCCGGUCAACGCCGCCUCAGCACCCGUCUCCGUGGCGCUGGCUGCCUUCUUCCUCCUCCCCUCUAUCGCUAGGCACCUUGCCCCGGUUUAUCAUCAACCUCGAUAAUUAAUUCAGUUAAACUGUGAAUCUCUUUCAUACACACAUGCUCACUCAUACACUCACUUCAUUACAUGAACAAAUGCUUAUACACAUACCGUACAUGUGAGUACAUGCACAUAUGUAUAAAACAGACUAUGGCACCACAUACAUUGCUGUACAUAUUUGUGAUGCGUGCACUCCUAGUUCAGCUGCCUCCCGUCCCCACACAACAGACCCCAACGGUGCAGAAGCCACACCUGUCCUCACCUGCGUCUGUCCGUCUCACCUGUCCAGGGCGGCGACUGACGCCCGGGACAGACAGAGCACCUCUGUGUGUCCCUACACUCACUCACCCUGUCCGUUAAUCCAGGAUCAGUGAUCCUUCGGCCUUCUUUCAAAAGGACAGACAAUGCCUCAGACAGACGGACUCCAGUCUAGCCAAGGGCAGAAUUACAAACUUCAGUAAAACCAGGAGUAUCUCACGAACAGGGUCACUGGAACCUACCGUAGUAUUUCCAUAGUGGUGAUGGUAGUGGUAAGUAUAGAAAUCAUGAAUAUGCAGAAGACCUUGAAGAGCAAAGCUUAUACUCGUCUGUACUGUGCAAGCAGGAAGUGUGCGUGUGUGUGUGCGUGCGUGUGAAUUGGAGUGUGAAUGAAUGGGGGUGGAGGGUAAUUCUCGAUGUUCGUUUUGUUAAAUAAGUUUUUAUACAAUGAACGUGUGAAAAUGGCCAAGAUUUAAUCAAGCAAUUUCCUUUAUGCGACUCCUCUGGUUGAUCAGCCUAAAGUGUGCCUGGGGGAGCAGAUUCAGUUGCGCAGUCUCGCUGGUGCACAGGCAGCACAGCUAAGCUGGGGGACUAGAGGCAGGAAGUAAAGAAUAAGUGGAGGGUUGCCUGUGCGUUUUGGACACUGCGACCGUAAGUGUGCGACCGACGAAGGAAAACAGACCAACAGCUGAAGGAACCGUUCCUCAACCAGCAAAGAAAAGCAGGAAGCCCUUUAAGACCGAUGAAAUAAACUUUAGAAAUACAUUCCCAUC